AUGUCUCUCUUCCAAACUGUGGAGACCCCCGUGGUCACAUAUGAGCAGCCUCUGGGUUUAUUUAUCAACAAUGAGUUUGUCAAGGGCGUGGAAGGAAAGACGUUUGAAACAAUCAACCCACACAACGAGAAGCCCAUCGUCGCUGUUCACGAAGGCACAGAAAAGGAUGUCGACAUUGCGGUCAAAGUUGCCCGCGACGCACUGAAUGGAGAGUGGAAAGAUGUCACACCAUCCGAGCGUGGUCGCCUCCUCACCCGUCUCGCGGAUUUCCUCGAACGUGAUAUCGAGACAUUGGCCGCCGUCGAAGCCCUUGAUAAUGGCAAAGGAGUGACAAUGGCCAAGGGAGAUGUCAACGCCUCCGCAGGAUGCCUGCGCUACUAUGGCGGAUGGGCAGACAAAAUCUACGGUCAAACUAUCGACACCGAUCCCAACAGCUUGACAUAUACACGCCACGAGCCCGUGGGUGUGUGUGGCCAAAUUAUUCCAUGGAACUUUCCGCUUCUGAUGUUUGCAUGGAAAAUCGGCCCUGCUCUCGCGACGGGAAACACCAUUGUUAUGAAAACAGCCGAGCAAACACCACUCUCGGCACUUUAUGUUGCAAAGCUCAUCAAAGAAGCGGGAUUCCCACCUGGGGUGGUCAAUGUCAUUUCCGGAUUUGGAAGAACCGCUGGCGCUGCGAUAGCCUCUCACAUGGACAUUGACAAAGUCGCAUUUACCGGGUCUACUCUCAUCGGGCGUCAAAUUAUGAAGGCAGCUGCUGACAGUAACUUGAAAAAAGUUACCCUCGAGCUGGGAGGCAAAUCACCGAACAUCAUUCUUCCCGAUGCAAACCUGGAAGAGGCAGUCGAGUGGGUCAACCUGGGCAUUUUCUUCAACCACGGACAAUGUUGCUGCGCAGGAUCUCGUAUUCUUGUCCAUGAAGAUAUUCAUGAUGAAUUCCUGAAGCUUUUCAAAGAACGAGCUGAGCAGAAUAAGGUCGGAGAUCCUUUCAGCUCCGAGACUUUCCAAGGGCCACAAGUGUCCCAGAUCCAAUACGACCGUAUUAUGAGUUACAUUCAAGAUGGAAAGAGUGCUGGUGCCAAAGUAAUCACCGGAGGUGAUCGACAUGGUACCGAAGGAUAUUAUAUUCAACCAACUAUCUUUGCGGAUGUUCAUGAGAACAUGACGAUCGUCAGAGAAGAAAUAUUUGGACCGGUUUGCACCGUGCAGAAAGUCCGCAGCGAAGAAGAAGCCAUCCAAGUGGCCAACAAGACGAAUUACGGGCUAGCUGCAGCUGUGCACACCACAAAUAUUAACACUGCGAUUCGCGUUUCAAAUGCCGUCAAAGCUGGGACUGUCUGGGUGAACAACUACAACACUCUCCACUACCAAAUGCCCUUUGGUGGAUUCAAAGAAUCGGGUUUAGGCCGCGAGCUGGGAUCCUAUGCCCUUGAGAACUACACGGAGGUGAAGACAGUCCGGGUGCAUCUUUCUAAAUGA